AUGACAAAAGACAGACUCAGUUACCAAAAGGCUGCCAUGUCGAAUGAUCAGACUGACGUAAAUGAGUUUAUGGCAGCCAUAGAAGACUAUACAAACUCAUCAACACAAGAAUGCAUUCAAACACGACCUAAACCUACCGUAUUGGUGAUUACUUUAGCAGCAAUGGUAACAAUGGUAGGAGUAUCGAUGCCAUUUGUUGUUUCGGCUUUAAACAAUCGGAUUCCAUGGGUUCCUACCACAACUGAAAAGUCAACAGUGCUGUUUACUCAUCUGGCACGAUUGUGGAUAGAAACAGGUGGAAUAUGGCCAGAGCAGCAACAUUUAACUCGACAGGUAUGCACUCUAACCAAGAUAAAUGCUGCAUCGACUACAGCACCAAAACAGCCUACACUCAAGUUUGUCGAUAUGGGAUCAGGAGAUGGUCGAGUUGUAUUGGCUGCUGCACAUUAUGGACAGAAAAGACGAUCGUUGGAAUCUGAUACACCACCGCCAUUUCUGUUUGGUGAAUGUGUCGGUAUUGAACGGAAUAUAACGCUUUGGGCUUGGUCAAUCCUAACUGCAAGAUGCUGGCAUUUUUUCACACCAUCCAGAGUAACUUUUCUCAAAAACGACUUUAGACAUGUAGAUCUUUCAGACACGGAUGUGGUCAUGGUUUUUGGUGUACCUGCUUGGAUGAAAAAGUUUGGAGAAAAGUUUGAAAGGGAACUUAGGCCUGGAUCCAUGGUAGCGACCAACAAGUUUCCAAUACCCGGAUGGCAUCCAUUGGUUACCAAUACAGAGAUGUUCAUUUAUCGAAUUGGAUUGCAUCGUUUGAAUGAACAUAAAAAUUAA